AUGUUUGCUCAGCGGACCAGGAAUACCUUUCGCUCACCCGUGGAUCUUUUGCACCACACGAUCGCGCAAGCCCGCGAAUCCCUGGUCAAUGUGCAAGAACCCUUUCGGGACGAUGAGGACGGCAGCGGGCGCGCUUCGCUUUCUGACGGGGCUCCUAUGCAGGAUCUCUCGCGUCGCGCUAGUCUCUGCGGUGAGCAAUCGGGCGACGACGAUGCAGCGACAGACAAUACAGAAGUCAGCCUUAGUGACAUGUUGCGCCAGAAUAGCAAUGAAUCGACAUUGCCAUUCCACAAGCAUGACUUGUCUUGGGAACGUCCAGAAUCGCGACAGUCACGCAUCCUGCGCAUCCUAUUUCAGCCAGUCACCUUGUUGCUCGUGACAUCAGUCAUUUACGCGGCAUCCUCUACCAUGACAUUUGUUCUCGAUCGAUUCAUUCUCUAUCAGGCCAUGUUCAAGUUUCCCUACCCGCUCGUCAUGCUCCUAGCGCAAUUGAUGGCUUGCGAACUGCUCGUCUUGCUCUGGGUCGGUGCCUCUGCACUGCUCACAGAUUCCUUUCCAUCUCUAGCAAAUACGACGUGCAUCGCCAACCCAAUCAAGUACGAUUUGAGCAUGCUCAGACAGCUUCUUCCUGUCUCGCUCACCUAUCUCGUGGGGCAUGUCACCAUCAUUUCAUGCUUGGAGUAUGUGCCAAUGAGUCUCUGCGUCGCUUUCUUUAGUCCCAUGGUACUCUUGGCACUGCUCAUUACCAGAGCUUUCAAUGAUGAACAACACUACGACAGAAGCAUUGCGCUUGUUGCCGCCAUCAUGGGUGUUGGCCAAGCACUCGCUAGCUUGUCUGCAAAAUCUACCAGCAUGAGCCACUUUCAUCCACUCGGCUUGCUAUGUGGAAUCAUCGCAUGCAUCGCCAUCCCUCUCAAUGUCGCUCAAUUAAAAAAAGUCUCACCAAUGUUGGACUUUCAAGUAUCGCAGCUCUUGCACUGCGUCUUGACGACCUCCAUCCUGGCACUCUUGCCAUUCAUCAUGAUCAGCGGUGAAAUCUUCGACGCCUACACCAAUUGUCCCUUCUUCUUCGAACUUGGCUUUUGGGCAUGGAUCCUACCAAACUUGUUGUUGGCUGGGAUUGAGUGCAUUUCGAGCUUUGUGCUCGUUUCCUUUACAACGCCAUUGACAUUCAGCGUCCUGAUGGCUGCAAAAACGACCCUUGUGCAACUACCCAUUUUUGAGGGACUCAAGACAUUUGGAACAUUGGCUGGAACACUCAUGACGGUUGCUGGGCUCGUUGCCUAUCUCUAUCUCAUUAAUCAGCAUCGGCCCAAAUUCGGUCUCAUCUGGCUCCACUAG